CCCCACACAAGGCAAAGCCACUAGCAAGCGACGACAUGCGGGAAGAAGAGCAGAAAAGCCUAUUUUCUGCUGGCUCAAUUAGCAGUAGCUGUUUCGGUGCAAGGCAUCGGGCGGUAGCGAAGUCGCUCCCGGCCAAUUUGGCGUUCCCCGGUCUGCUUUCACAGAGUGGAGCGAGAUUUAGCGCGGCCUCGAGUGCUACGUCGAUUCUGGCUAGACACCCAUCCGGAGUAGCGGCGCUAGAAUUAGCAGCUGGAGUUCCAGUAAUAGGAACAGGGCGAUCACUCCCCAUGCGACACUGCGCUACCACUACAGAGCAUUUUUAGGACUGCGAUAGGAAAGGAUGCUGCCUGCAGCAAGCACCUGGAGUGGGCCGCAAGCCUGCACACGCCGCCUGUCGAGCAUGCCGCGCAUCUGCUCGUCUGCCCGGCAUCUCGCCCUCUGCCUCUCCCAUCACCAUCUGCUUCGCCCAGCGUCCACUUUUAUUUAUUUAUUUUUUUUGUUUGCUUGUUUGUUGGAAUACUACAUACUAGUACAAGGACAGGCUGCUCGUAGCUGCUCGGGGGCUAGACGCAACCCCUGUCUAAUUGCUUGCCUCCCGCCGCCGCCAGCAUUGGCACACGCACUAAAGGCCCGGGCCUUGAUUUUGGCUCGUCAGACUCUUGUUGCGCAGACCGGACCCAGUACCCCAAGUUUUGGCGUUCGCUGCCGCACGAACCACCGCCUUCAGUCUUCAGCCCAUGUAUCCGACGGCCCUGGGUCUGUCCUGGUGCAGAUUAGCAGGUACCAGGUAUCCCCUUGCUAGCUGGCUGGCCUCUUCUUCCUGUCUAGAUUCGCCUUCACCUCCAGCUUCUGGCCGGCCAGCUUUCGGCCAGGACACAAGGACGGGCCUUGAGAGGCAGCGAACC